AUACAACAAGAAAUCCAACAACAAGUACACCCGCAAACACCCCAAUCAUACAAUCAACCACGUCGAUACUUGACCAAACCAAAGAAGCCACGGAAAUCUGUUCGAAAAUUAUUUAAACGAUACGAUCACAGAAAUGCCAAUACAACAACAAUCACAUCUCCAAACAAUCCAACCAAUGCCGUCACCCAUACCACGAUCCCUAACACAACCACAACCACUACAAUCAAGAGGUAA